GGCCGGGACUAGUGGUUUGGGGACCCCGCCAGCGAGUCGGCAGGGCCGGGGCAGGAUGGAGGCUCCUGUAGAAUUAUCCUCGUAAAGCAGAUCUGGGAAAGCUGCGCAUGUUUAGAGUCGUCGUUUCUUUAGCUGCAGCCUCCCUUUAUGAGCCCCCCACACGCCAGGCAGGGGGCCAGGGCCGGGCCGGACAAAGAGUUACAGAGUCCAGGCAAACACAUGCAGUAAUGAUUAACUGCCGGACGGGGCAGAUUCCUACUAGAGAGCCUCCUACAGACCCCGGGGUAACAGCGACUGCCAGGGGCAGAUUUUAGCCUGAGUGCACCGGGGUAAUUGUGACUGCCGGAUACACAUCCUGGGGUAAUUGUGACUGCCGGAUACACACCCUGGGGUAAUUGUGACUGCCGGAUACACACCCUGGGGUAAUUGUGACUGCCGGAUACACACCCUGGGGUAAUUGUGACUGCCAGGAGGAAGAGAGUCACACAGACCCCGAGGUAUCUGCCACUGCUGGUUCCAGACCUGGGGGUAACUGACUGCUGCCAGAGAGCCUUGCAGAUACCCCGAGGCGGGGCAACUCCCAGGACUGGAAGAAGGAACCCAGCGCUUUCAGCUCCUUACUGGAUGGACUCCAGCGAGGUGUAGCAGCCCUGCGCCCUGCCGGUGUCUGGGUAGAAAGGGGUUAACAGCAUGCGGGGUACGUGGGGGAGCCCGGAGCCGCUCCUGGCAACCGUCCUAUUAACACUUAUCAGCCUGACAGCUGGUGAGCGGAUGAAUUAUUCCUCCCCGGCAGAGUGCACGGACUUCCAGAUCUCGGGAAUAUUCCACGAUAAUAAACUCCAGGUCCAGUUUCUCCUCUUCACGUCCAGCCACCCCGGCUGCGGUCACGUGAUCCGCCUCGACGGCGAGCGAAGCCUCAACGAUUCAACGUUCAACGCUUCCCUGGGCACCAAGGUCGUGAUCCACGGCUUCAGGGUGGUCGGCUCGAAGCCGUCCUGGGUGGACGACCUGAUCGCGUCUCUGCUGCUGGCGUCCCCGGUGAACGUGGUGGCCGUGGACUGGGUGUACGGAUCCACCGCCAAAUACAACGAAGCCGUGGAGAACAUCCCCAGGCUGGGCAUGGAGGUGGCGGCCCUCAUCGGCCAAAUGAUGGAGCUGGGGGCCACAGAUGAUUCUCUCCACCUGAUUGGCAUCAGCCUCGGCGCGCAUGUCGCUGGACACGUGGGGAAGAUUUUUGGCGGCCGCCUGGGAAAGAUUACAGGACUGGAUCCCGCCGGGUAUAAAUUCACACACGCCGGCAGCGACGCGAGGCUCGACCCGGGCGACGCGCUCUUUGUAGAAGCCGUUCACACGGACACCGACAAUUUUGGAAUCCGGAUCCCCGUGGGGCACGUGGACUACUUCAUCAACGGCGGCAGAGACCAGCCGGGCUGUCCGUCCGUCCGCAACCUGUAUAAAUAUCUGAUCUGCGAUCACAUGAGGUCGGUCGCCAUCUACACCAACGCCAUGCUGGGGAUCUGCCCCUAUACCGGCUUCCCGUGUGCCAGCUUCCAGGAUUUCCGCGAGGGGAAGUGUGUGACCUGCGAGGACCCCCAGCUGGCGAGCUGCCCCCGGAUAGCCCACACGGACUCGAUAAUACGCGACAACCCACCAAAGGAGCUCAAGCUUUUCAUGAUGACGCCGGGCACGGAGCCGUACUGCGCCCGCCACAUUCUGCUGGAGUUUACGUUGGAGGAGCCGGAAGAUCGCAGCAUCAGCGUCGAGGUCCAACUGGUCAGCGAUCGGAGCGCGAGAACCGCCAAGAUAACCCUUGCUAAACAUGCCACCCAGGGAAGGAGCGUGAUCGCGCAUGAGGAUCCUCUCUGCCAGAUACAGACCAUUGUUCUGCGGAGAACAAAGUCGCUGUCCAGCUUCUGGAGGAAACCCCCGGAUGUGAGCGGCACGCUGUGUGUAUCAGAGCUGCCGGCGGGCAACAGGGAAGAGACGAUCUGUUUGACGGAUUCCGUGACUCUCGCCGGGAGCGGCCGUCUUCUUUUAGACUUCACUACAGCAACAAACAGCAGCUGCCGGUGAGCCCGGCCGCGCAGGGACUGCUGACGAGGGUGCAGGCAGCGCCUGCCGUGUGUCUCCGAGUCACUGCAACUGCGCUCUACGGGGGCUUUCACCCCGACCGAGACACCAUACGGGACCCCAAACGUAUCCCGGAUGCACCCCCCCGGCGAGGGGAGUCUCGCUGCUUCAGGAAACUCGCCGUUAGACUCCCCGCGAAAAUCUAAAUCCCUCAAAUCUGAACGUUUUAAUAAAACAAAGUAUGGAUUUUUUAACUAAAUCUCUCUUUAAACCAUUUUAACCGUAAAACUCCCAAUACUUUCAACCGGAAACCGGCAGCACAAAUUUCACAACAUAAAGCAGAUCGGCCCCAUCCGGCCCCCGUCUAGUCGCCCGUUUCUCCUGCUGUAAAGACUCAAACCUUAAUCAGUCGUUGGUCUCGUCUUAGAUUCAGGAGCCGUAUGUCUAUCCCAUGCAUGUUUAAUCCCCUCACUGUAUUACCCUCUACCACCUCUGCUGGGAGGCUGUUCCACUUAUCUACCACCCUCUCAGUAAAAUAAAACGUCCUUCCAUUGA